GUAAUCAGAACUGGGAGUUGAUGACUUAUUCAAAGUCAACUAAAAAUAAUAAGACAUGGCAACAUGGGAUGGAGAAUCAUUCAUCCUUUUCUUUUCCCUUCACCACUUUGCACACAUAGAACCAUUUCCAGCUCUGCUGUAAUGGCGCCCCCAAUCUCUAGCCCACUGCACUUCGUGUUGAUCCCACUUAUGGCACAAGGGCACAUGAUCCCUAUGAUAGACAUGGCCAAGCUCAUUUCAGAGCGAGGUGUGACUGUAAGCUUGGUCACCACGCCUCACAAUGCAUCAAGAUUUGAGGCAAUCAUUAAUAGAGCAAGAGAAUCUGGGCUCCCUAUUCAGCUUGUACAGAUACGGUUUCCAUGCGAGGAAGUUGGGCUCCCUAUCGGCCUCGAGAAUCUUGACACGUUACCUUCAAGAGACCUGCUGAAGAAAUUCUAUGUUGCAGUCGCUAGGCUGCAACAGCCAUUAGAACUCCUUCUUGAACAUGCGAAACCUCCUCCAAGCUGCAUAAUAUCAGACAAGUGCUUAUCCUGGACAUCCAAAACCGCUCAACGUUUCAACAUCCCCCGGAUUGUUUUUCACGGGAUGUGCUGCUUUUCUCUUUUGAGUUCUCAUAAUAUCAGGCUUCACAAAGCUCACCUUUCAGUUACUUCAGAUUCAGAACCUUUUGUUGUUCCAGGGAUGCCACAAAGUUUUGAGGUAACAAAGGCUCAGCUACCGGGAUCAUUUGUUAGCUUACCUGACUUGGACGACGUCCGCAACAAGAUGCAAGAGGCUGAAUCUACAGCUUAUGGGGUUGUAGUUAAUAGUUUUGACGAGUUGGAGCAUGGUUGCGCUGAGGAAUACACGAAGGCUCUAAAGAAGAAAGUAUGGUGCAUUGGACCAGUUUCUUUAUGUAACAAGAAUAAUUUAGAUAAGUUUGAGAGAGGCAACAAGGCUUCAAUUGACGAGAAACAAUGCUUGGAGUGGCUUGAAUCUAUGAAGCCAGGGUCGGUUAUUUACGCUUGCCUCGGUAGCCUAUGUCGCCUAGUGCCAUCGCAGUUAAUAGAACUAGGUUUGGGUUUGGAAGCAUCUAAACAACCAUUUAUCUGGGUUGUGAAAACUGGAGAGAAGGGUUCUGAAUUAGAGGAAUGGUUCGUGAAGGAGAAAUUUGAAGAAAGAAUCAAAGGAAGGGGGCUUUUGAUAAAAGGCUGGGCUCCUCAAGUCCUCAUUUUGUCCCAUAGAGCAAUUGGAGGAUUCUUAACUCAUUGUGGUUGGAACUCUACAGUUGAAGGGAUCUGCUCGGGGGUGCCAAUGAUAACAUGGCCUCAAUUUUCUGAGCAAUUCCUUAAUGAGAAGCUAAUUGUUGAGAUUUUAAGGAUCGGUGUGCGAGUAGGCGUUGAGGUUCCAGUGAGAUGGGGAGACGAAGAGAAAGUUGGAGUGUUGGUGAAGAAAGAUGAGGUCAAGAAGGCAGUAAUUACGUUGAUGGAUGCAGGUGGAGAAAAAGGCAAGAAGAGGAGGAAGAAAGCAAUUGAACUUGGAAAAUCGGCAAAGAAGGCUAUGGAAUUAGGUGGAUCUUCCAGCCUCAACUUGUCAUUCUUAAUCCAAGAUAUCACGAAGCAACAAACUCAAAAUAAGGGUUAAAUAUGGUUGGAGAUUGGACCUCAAGCUCUAGAUCGCAUUUUAUUUAAGUAUUAUAUAUGAGUGGAUUUUCUUGUCCUGUGAUGCAGAUGAUUGUGAUUAUAAAUUUAUAAUUAUAAUAUAUGUUCGUCGUCAGGUUGCUUCUAGGUAAUUUCUGGGUAUUUGAUGAGGUGUGUUGGGUUUUGACAAUGCCAUUAACCAUGAUUAUAAAAUUUCAAAUUUUC